UCCUUAGUUAUAUAGACUAGUAGUUUCUGAUAUGGUACUAGUAAUUCAGUUGUAUAUACGAGUAUGUAAUGGAAUCAGAAUAUCAGAGUUUGAUUAUAUCGUACUAAUGUUUAUAACAUUAAUGAUACUCGAAAAAUCGUGUACCUUAGUAGUAAACUAUUGAUGAAGAAUGUCAGCAGUGUACGACAAUUGGGAAAGGCUAGUCAGCGCCACUAUUCGCAGAGAGGAGCUCCGGCUAAGUGCUCUUAGGACCCCAAGUGAUGUUUCUUCAGCAUCAUUAUCAUCAUCUUCCUCCUUUAACUUCGCUUCCUCUUCUACCAAAGUUUCGUCUUUCAACAAUUCCUCCAGAUUACCAGCAGUUGGGAAAUCUUUUACUUAUGAUCAAAUCCUCUUAGCCACCGAUUACUUCAGUAAAUCGAAUUUCAUCAAGCAUGGCCGCUCUGGGGAUCUCUUUCAUGGUGUUUUAGAAGGUGGGCUUCAGGUGGUUGUUAAAAAGGUUGAUCUGUCAGUGGGUUCAUACUUGGUAAAUGAAUUGGAAAUUCUUGGCAAGGUUUCUCAUGCUAGAUUUGUUCCUUUUCUGGGGCAUUGCUUUGAGAAUGGGAAUAACACGUUUCUGGUUUACAAAUACAUGCUUAACAAGGACUUGUCCAGUUGUUUGAGUAAUAGGGGAAUUGCCCCGGAUGGCAUUAAAGUUGAUUGUCAAAAAUCGACAUCAUUAAGUUGGGCUACGAGGUUGAAGAUUGCGACUGGAGCUGCACAGGGUUUGUGUUAUCUGCAUCAUGAAUGUCUUCCACCCCUUGUUCAUAGAAAUUUUGAAGCUCGCAGCAUACUUAUUGAUGAAAGCUUUGAAGCACGGAUAGGGAGGCUUACUGAGGUCUCUACUGAGAAAAAAGAGAAAAAUCAGAACAGGAUUUCAAGGUUAUUACGGUUGUCAAAGGCUUCUGAAGGAGGCGAUGCAGGUUCAUUGAAUGCAACGUAUGCCUAUGAUGUUUAUUGCUUUGGAAAGGUUUUGCUUGAACUAGUCACGGGUUAUCCCGGUUUUGGUGAUCACAAUGAUUUGAGCAUCAAUGCUGGGAUGGAAGACAUUUUGCCUUACAUCAGUACUUAUGACAAGGAACUCUUUGUGAACAUUGUGGAUCCAUCUUUAGAAGUGGAUGAGGAUCAGUUGAUUGAAUUGUGGGCAGUUGCUAUCAUUGCAAAGGCUUGCUUAAAUCCCAAGCCUUCUAAGCGGCCUGUAAUGCCACGUAUACUUGAAGCUUUGGAAGACCCUAAGUCGGUAAUGUUCUCUACUUGUGAAAGCCCAUGGCCUGAUGGUGUACUUGGCACAGUGGCAAAGACAAGAGCAACUGAGGGAAUGACUGGAGUAGGUACAUCACAGGGAUCUGCUAAUACAGCAUUUUGGGACAUCAACCUCAACAAUUUAAGAGUUUACACUUUCCGAGAACUCGUAGAUGCAACUAAAAAUUUCAGAAGUGAUAGUGUGCUGGGAGAAGGUGGAUUUGGAAGAGUAUACAAAGGUUUGAUUGAUGAUAAGUCCACAUCAAAGGGCGGUGCUCGAUCAGUGAUUGCAGUUAAAAAGAUGAAUCCUGAAAGUCUUCAAGGAUUUGCUGAGUGGCAGACUGAGAUACGCAUGCUUGGAACGCUUUCUCAUCCCAACCUUAUUAAGCUCCUUGGUUACUGCUGGGAAGAUGAGAAGCUGCUCCUUGUCUAUGAGUACAUGCCAAGGGGCAGCUUUGGCAACCACCUCUUUGGAAGGGGCUCUUCUGUUCAACCACUUCAAUGGGAAUUACGGCUUAAGAUCUUAAUUGGGGCAGCUCGAGCUCUAGCAUUUUUGCACGCAUUAAAGAAACAAGUUAUCUACAGAGAUUUCAAGGCCUCAGACAUACUACUUGAUGGUUAUUACAAUGCCAAACUAUCAGAUUUUGGAUUUGCAAAGAUGGGUCCUUCGGAUGGUCAAUCACAUGUGACAACACGUGUUAUGGGGACCUAUGGCUAUGCUGCUCCCGAAUACGUGGCAACAGGGCACUUGUAUGUGAAGAGCGAUGUGUUUGGUUUUGGUGUUGUAAUGGCCGAAGUGCUAACAGGUUUAAGGGCUCUGGACCUUAAUCGUCAGCAGGGGAAACACAACUUGGUUGAUUGGAUCAUGCUUCAUUUAUCGGACAAAAGAAAGAUAACGAGCAUAAUGGAUUCUCGGUUGGAAGGCAAAUACCCAAUAAAAGCUGCAGUGAAAAUGGCUCAGCUCACUCUGAGAUGUCUUGCUCCUGAGCCUAAAGCAAGACCACCAAUGAAAGAAGUUGUGGAUGAACUAGAACACAUUGCAUCUGCUAAAUGAUAAGCCAAAAGAACCU